GAUAAGAUUUAUUAAAAUAGUAUAUAUUGGAAUUGAGUUCAACCUCAAAUCAAUAACUCAAAAUGUACGCCAAAAUUACUUUAGCAGCCCUACUUGUAUGUGCUCUGUACAACGGAGCCUACGCUAAUUUAGUAAACUGUGAAGAUCUCAACGAACCUGGUGUACUUGUAAGUUGGCUUUAUGAAGAAGCUCCAGCAAAAGGGAACUUCACACUUAGAGCACCCGAAUUUGGGGAAACAGAGACCCCAAUCUCAUGCAUAUUUUUUGAUGCCCCUUCAGAUCUAUACAAUGUUGAAAUAUCAGACGGAGGUCUAGGUAAAAACUUCGUCGAAUUACAAAUUACACCAGCCGAGGAUCUUACGGACGAUCGUCACCACCACCAUGAUGAUGACGAUGAUGACGAUGAUGACAAAAUCUAUUAUCAAUUAAGCGUUUUCAGACAACCAGAUGAUUUGAUUGAAGCUUAAGUUAUUAUGUAACUCUACUACUUUUAUUUUAUGAUGAAUAAAAAGCUUUUGUCGA